CGCUGUUAAUGACGAUUGUCGACAUUUGGAAACCUCGCGCGUGGCGCUGUUGAGCCUCCUCGUCUAGGCUGGAGAGGUGGAUGAAGAGAAACGGCCCAGACAAGUAAGAUUACAACACAACACAUCAAGUUGAGCGCGACGGCCCGAGGCCGGCGGCGAGAUAAGCUCCUGAUUUGGUCAACUAUUUAGAGGAAGUUUCCUCUGCCAAUCGUUCCUACACGUCAUCUAAAGUCUUUGGGCCAAUUGUUGUUUAUCGUCUGCUUUAAGAACCGGCGGUCAACGUGACAACAGCCUCAAUUUCUUCUGGCCAUGUCCAGCAUCAACAUACUCAAGUACGGUGUAUCUUCUCCUUCCGACACGUCUCCCUUGAAAGAGUUGAAAGCAGCUGGUUACGAACCAGGUGAUGUUCUGGCUGUCAUUGGGAAAUCAGAGGGGAAUGGGUGCGUAAACGACUUCUCCCGAACACUCAGCGCUCACGUGUGGGAACCCCUGAUUCCACGAUCUGCCGUAACUGUCUUCUCGGGGGGUACAGAAGGCGUUCUGAGCCCCCACGUAACAUUCGUGGUCCGUGAUUCAUCAACUACUGGGCUUCGGGCAGCAGUAGGACGUACAAGGACCCUUCAACCUCACGAGAUCGGAACUUCGGUCCAUGCUCUCGAGGUUUCUUCAUCAACUAGGUCGAUUCUGAAGGAGUCCGGCAUCGCGAGAGACCAAGUCCGCCUCGUAUUAAUCAAGUGUCCUCUCCUCACCUCAGAAAAGGUGGAAAUUAUCAAAGCUGCAGGGAAGACUCCAGUCACAACCGAUACUUACGAAUCCAUGGCCAAGUCUAGAUAUUCCUCUGCUCUUGGCAUAGCUAUUGCUUUGGAUGAAGUAAAAGAAUGUCACCUCGAUGAGGCAAUAAGGAGCCAAUCCACAUGGAGCGCCAAAGCUAGUUGUAGCUCCGGGGGCGAACUGGAAGACUGUCACAUUCUUAUAAUAGCAUCAGAUACUUCUUCCGGUGGACUGAGAGCUGUUUCAGGUUACAUGGAUGAUGCAAUUGAUGCAAAGGCAAUAACCAAAUUGCUGGAGCAGGUCGAUCGCGAGGGCGGCCAUGUGCUGCAGGUAUUCGCAAAAGCGGAAUCCGACCCGACUGGUAAUAUCCGCGGGAACAGACACACAAUGAAUACAGACAGCGAUAUCCACAGUACCAGACAUGCUCGUGCGGCAGUGGGAGGUUUGCUCUCGGGCUUGGUUGGGGAAACGCGGCUCUACGUUUCCGGUGGAGCUGAAGGCCAAGGCCCACCUGGUGGCGGUCCCAUUUGCGUGGUAUAUAGGGUCGCGGCAUAGAUUCAGGACAUGAAUGGAUGUUUUAUAACGGCUCAUCUCAGGAGCUAACCGUUGUUCUGCUUCUUUCACCCCAUGUCCUACCAAGUUUGUUGACCAAGUUUCCACAUUUGGCUCAAAU